AUGGAGUACAACUUCAUCGGCGACGACUUCGGUCCUCUUUUUCAUUACCAGUUCAGAGUUAUCCUCAUUGGUGACUCUUCAGUUGGCAAAUCUAGUCUACUGAGAUAUUUUACUGAAGGGAAAAUCGCCGAAAUUAGUGAUCCAACUGUUGGUGUUGACUUCUAUGCUUGUAUGAUCGAAUCCAUCACAAGGUCGUACUAUCGCAAUUCGGUUGGUGUAAUGCUGGUUUACGACAUUUCGAAUCGAGCUAGUUUUGAGAAUAUCAACGGAUGGCUCCAUGAAGCGGAAGCUAAUAUGGGUGGUCCAAACCCUUCUAAAUGUGUUUUCCUGCUUAUCGGACACAAAUCCGACAACCAGUGUGAAAGACGUGUAGAUUAUGAAGAAGGUGAAUACUUCGCUAAGUAUCACAAAAUGAAGUUCAUUGAGACAUCUGCCAUUACUGGGAAAAACGUUUAUGAUGCUUUUCUUAUGAUGGCUCAAGAGAUUUAUAAACGGGUUGAAGAAGGAAGUCUCCGUCCCACCGACGGAUGGGAAGGUGUGAAAGGCGGCUUGAUGAGAAGCCAAUCAAUAUGCCUUUCCGAAACAGAUCUAACCCCCAGGGAUCACUCCUCAUGCUCAUGUUAG